AUGAUUAAACAAUACAUUCCACUAUUUCCCAAGACAAGGCAGAUUAAAAAGACCUACUUCUUGAUCCCCAUAUUCAUCACUGCUAUAGCGAUCUUGCACUACCUCAAUGCAUAUGACACCGUCAAAAGACAGUUCAACUUCAGAAUCGAGCAUGUCGACCCAUUGGAGUACCCAGUCUCCAAGUUCCAUACGCAAGGACUCACGAUUUUACCAUCAAACUUUGACCCCAAAUUAAGACUCACCCAGAAUAUCACCCAAGACAAUGCAAAGAUUAUCGAGUUUGGUGGUAGCGUUAAACCAAUUAGUAACUACAUCACUGGACAAACUUAUAUACCACACCCAUUCCUCAUCUUUGCAUCAACACCAGAGUCGGCUUCAGAAGAAGCAAAACACAAAACUACUCGUGACACAUGCAAAAGUUUAGAAAUUGCCAAAAAUGUUACCAUCCUGCAAGAUCUCAAGUUCCACGAUAACUGGAAGUUGAUAGCGUCAACUCUACUCGAACAAAUCACGCAUGAUCCUGCAUUUGUAGAAUUGCGACCAUUCUUUCAGGAAAAAUUACCCGAGAUUAUUGAGAAAGAUGCAUUAAAUGAAAAGCAUUUUUACAAGUUUGCCGCUACUUCAGUAUGGCUCGCUAAGCAUGGCGUACAUCUUAUGGUAAGCCGCGUGAUAUUUAGCCAAAAUGCAAGAAAAGCCAACCCCCAAAUCUCACUCUUGUAUGCCCAAAUAUACGAUGAAAAAUGGGUCGAAUUGCAAAACGUUGACUUGGUGGUGCCAGUAAUCGAUGAAUUUGGCGAGCGGAAAUACGAAGUGAUGAAUUUCCCCAAAUUUAUGCCCAUUCCAUUUUAUCAUAACGUCAAGAAGAUUUAUAAGAGAUGGUACGGACCAGAAGAUACUAGAUUGCUCUUGGUGAAAAAUGAGUAUGGCGACGAGGAACCCGUUGUUGUUUACAACUCAUUCCAUAGACAAGUAAUUGAAGUGCAAACAAAAGCAAACAAUGACGAAGUUGUGCGCACCAAGUAUGGGUUCUACAGGUCAAUGUUUAUGGGAUACCUCUUUCGGUAUCAACAAGGCAAACAAAAUACCGAUGGACAGCAAGAGAGAAGGUACAAAAAUGUAAUUUACAACAAAGUAGCUGAGCUCCGUAUUGAUGGAAAAGAGCGGGAAAAGACCGAGAAGAACUGGACACCAUUUGUUAAUCCGCUGGAGAGGGGUAUUGCUACGCGAGGUGGAGAUAAAUAUCUAUACAUUGUUUAUCAAUGGGACCAUCUCAAGAUUCUCCGAUGCGAACUAGCAAGCCCAGGAUUAGUAUCGCGCUGUAUCGAACAGUUUAAGCAGGAUGACUCUGCCUCAAAAGUUGGACCUGUUCGUGGAGGCACGGAACUUAUUCCUAUUUCAACAACAUACUCUAGUCAUUCAAAAGGUAUUAAACAAAUAUGGAUUGGCUUUUUGCGUGCCCACUUGAAUCAAUGCGGAUGUGGUAAAGCUAUGUACAGGCCUAACUUUGUUGUUCUUAUUCAGCACAAGAAUGGCAAUUUCAAAAUAGCCUAUUUAUCAUCAUCAAUCUCUAUGAAUAUGCAGGUUGAUGGAUGGAAAUACGCUGAGAUCCAGUGUGCCAAACGUGACCCUAACGUGCUUAUCCCCAACGGUAUUUCAAUGUAUGAUCCAAAACUGGAUUUCAUGAGUCUUACGCUUUCAGUGGCUGAUAAAGAUGACAAUUUGGUGCAUUUGGGAGGGGUGCAAAAAUUAAUAGAUACCUUAAAUUUCAAAUGGGAUGGUCGUGUUUCGCAGAGUAAGCAGGUGGAUUGUGUUAUUGACGAGAGUAUUACCUUUUGCAAGAAGUAUGGCGAAUUGCAAGAUUAUUUGGGCGUGUCACAGGAAGCUAUUGAAUUGGCCAAGCAAGCUGGAAUGAUUGAUAAUAAGAGCGAUGAAGAAAGGGCCAAGGAAGAGGCAAAUGCGAAAGCAAAUGCAAAGGCGAAUGCAAAGGCGAAACCAGAGACACCUGAAAAGGAACAAGAGAACAAGGGCCAAGACAAGGAGGAAAGUAAAGCACUCGAGAAUGAGCAAUCUAUUCCAGUGCAACAAGAUGAGCAUCCUGGUGAAGAUACACAGGAUAGAGUAAAAGGUGAACGAUAA